AUGUCGAGUCCAGGCAGGGACAUGCCUGCGAGAGCAGCAGACCACGAUUCCACGACAUACCUCGCUUCGUCGCCGUCUCCGUCAAUCGCUUCGUAUCGGCAGCGGCACCCGCAGUUUCAGCCUCAUCAGCAAACGACCGCGUCCGAAGCAGCAGCAGCUGCGUCACCGUCAACAGCUGCCCUACAGGGACAAGAUCAACAGCAUCAGCAUCACCACGACCCCAACCUCAGCCACAGCUUCACCGACAACAAUGACGCCGCAGCGCCCUCCUCCUCGUCCGACCACAUCCCCCCCUUCGAGCCCAUCUUCACCCUCCUGACAAACACCACCACAAACACCACCGUCCACCCGCGCGUCCACUACCUCUUCAGCGACGACGACGCCUCCGCCGUGCUCACCGCCCCGCAGACCGACCCUCUGCACCGCGCCCUCGUCGUCGAUCUCGCGCCGCCCGCGAAUCCAAGCGGCAAAUGGACCGUCUCGUGGGCGUCCAGCCUGACGCCGGACUUUGCCGUCACGGCGUCGCAGCUGUCCCUCCAGCACAGCGGUAACAACGAGGGCGAGGAGGGUGAGAAUAACGAAGGUGCUUCGUCAUCCGUGAUGCUUCGCGUCGAGGGCGUAGAGCGCGAAGGCGUCCCUGCCGAUACAAAGCCUACGAACGCAAACCUUCGGGGCUCCUCGAGCAGCGGUGGCUCUGCCGCUGGCAUUGUUGGCCGUGAGGACGUGGAUCAGUUGACGGAGGAGUUUAAGCGCCGCAUGGGUGUCCUGAAGAAGGUGGUUGACGAAGGCGAGCGACGACGGGAGACGCUGAAUAGGCUGAAUGAGGAGAUGGCAAUGACGCACCCUGAUGGGAGGGAUGAUGAUAAUACUACAACAGCGACAGCUGCGGCUGUGGAAGACGAUACCCAUGCAGGAGGGAGAGAGCCGCAGUAA